CCGGCAAUCGGUUGCGUUUGACCCGAGCCGGUUUCCUUAUCAAGAGUCAAUUUGUUUGAGAGUGGGAGACGAGAAACUAGCUACGAAGGUUGGACGCGUAAAAGGAUAUCUCUGUCUGGGGACGAUUACUUUUCCGAUAUCUAAAUCGGCCACGGUCAGAAUAUUCGAUAGGUGACAAGUACGACUUGAUAGCAAAUGGUGUAAAUUUCCGAGUGACAUUGGGUAGGAGGAAAGUCCAUCUGCAGACAUCCGGAUCAGCAAACAAAGAAGAGAGUGCUGACUGUUUUGACUAAGUUUGUUGAACUUGGUUAUAAAUUAUUCCGGAGAUCCCAUCCGAAAUGGCUGAAAAAUCGGAAACUCUAGUCACCAAGGACGAAAAGGUGGCCGAAGCAAAGGAACUGUUUGGACGCGGCAGUCGCAAUUACUUCAUGAAAGAUUACACAAAUGCCGCGGAUGAUUUGAGUGCUUGUUGUGCCAUCUAUUCGGAACUUUACGGCCCGACAGCCGAAGAAUGCGGCAUGCCGUACAUGCUCUACGCCAAAUCGCUUAUCGCUUUGGGUAAGGACGAGAACGCUUUGAUUGUGCCCGGCGAAGAAGAGGAAGGUGAAGGUGAAGAUGGCGAAGACGAGAGCGAAGAACAAGAUGAUCAACCGGAAGACGGUGAGGCUGGGAGUGCCGAUCAAUCUGAAGAAAAAUCUGAUGAGAAGCCUGCGGAUGAACCCGCCGAAAAUAACACUGAAAAAGCAGAAGCAGAUGCCGGAUCAUCAAAAGAAGAGGCAGAACCACAACCAGGGCCGUCGACCUCGAAUGGGGCAGAAGCUACUGAAACGACGGAAGAAUCCGAAGAGGGCGAAGAAGAUAAAGCCAACUUGGAAGUUGCUUGGGAAAUCCUCGAGCUCGCCGUCAAGAUUUUCACAGGCCAAGGUGAAAAAUCUUACGAAAAUCUGUCUGAGUGUUACUCAGAGUUGGCUGGUAUUUCAUUUGAGAACAGCCAUUUCCCGGAGGCAAUCACUGACUACAAAAAAUCGUUGGCUGUAUACGAUAAAUGUGGGAAAAAUGAUAAUCGUUUAAAGGCUGAAGUUUACUACAAAAUCGGCCUGUGUCAUUUAAUGAUAAACGAGUUUAAGGAUUCGAUUGAAGCUUUCCGAGAUGCCUGCUCUCAAUUGGAUAAGGUGAUCGAGCAGGAAAAGGCCAAGGAACAGAAUGACGAAACUAAGGCGGCUAUCAAGGAUCUCGAAGAAACUAAACAGGAAAUUAUGGAUAAAAUCAGCGAAGUGGAGGAUACACAGAAAACGUCCAUCGAGGAAGUCAAACGUGAGCUCGCUAAAAUUAUCGUCAACGGUGAAACGUCCAACGGCUUCGGUGCUGCCGGAUCUUCGACUUCGGCUGCUACGAAUGGUGCGUCCUCUUCGUCAGCGUCAGCCAGUGCAACCAAGAAUGGAACCGAUAAACCAACUGACAUCUCCCACCUGAUAAAGCGAAAGAAGCCCGAUUCUGCCGCCGCCGAUGUCGAGGGUUCUCCCGCUAAGAAAACUGCCGUUGAAUCAGAAAAGACCAGUGAAUAAGUAUCUCUAUGUUGCUUCUUUCUUUCCUUUAAUGAAACAUAAGAUCUAGUUACGUUUUGUUAACCAUAAUGCACUAUUACUUUUCUUUUUAUGUUCAAAGUACGUUGAAUUUUAAAUUAUUUCCGUCUUGUUUAAGAAAUACUUUUAAGAUUAAAUUAGAAGGUGGAAUGCAAAAAUUCACAACAAACAAUCAGACUAAAACACUCGGCACAUUGAAACUUUGUAGAAGUAAAAGGCCUUUAAUAAACUAGUUUUAAAUAUAUAUAUAAUCAGACUAAAAUAAAAAUUCUUUUAAGUGUAA